AUGGAGCAAAACCUCCGAGUUUUCGGAGAGCCUCCGAGUUUCGUAGAGCCUCCGAGUUUCGUAGCGCCUCCUAGUUUCGUAGAGCCUCCGAGUUUCGGAGAGCCUCCGAGUUUCGUAGAGCCUCCGAGUUUCGUUGAACCUCCGAGUUUCGAAGAGCCGAGUUUCGUAAAGCCUUCGAGUUUCGUUGAGCCUCCGAGUUUCGUAGAGCCUACGACUUUCGUAGGGCCUACGACUUUCGUAGAUCCAAGUUUCGUAGAGCCUUCGAGUCUCGUUGAGCCUCCGAGUUUCGUAGAGCCUACGACUUUCGUAGAGCCUCCGAGUUUCGUAGAGCCUCCGAGUUUCGGAAAGCCUCCGAGUUUCGGAGAGCCUCCGAGUUUCGUAGAGCCCCCGAGUUUCGUAGAGCCUCCGAGUGCCGAAUAG